UUGUAAAAUAAUUCCUGUAACGUGUGACACGGAAUAGGCCAUAUAAUAAUCCCAGUUUGUAUAAACUUGUCUCAGGAAUUAUUGUGACCUUUAAAACGCGAGCUGAACAUGUUUUGAGGGCUGUUUCAGGGCUUGCUAAUGCUAGCUAACAGCAGCUAACUCGUCUAGCCAGCUAGCUCCUUUCGGUUAGCAGCAGCCUUGCUAGCUAGGAAAGCGCCUGUUUUCUCUUGAUUUUCCUUUCUCUCUCCUCUGAGAAGGCACGCGCCGCCCGGCUCUGUGCAGGAAAUACAUCAACUCAACAAAAUGAAGCUGUGUGCCGGUUAGUUUCUGGUCCGGAUGGCGGAGGACCAGGGUCACCAGCGGGCCGAGGCGUCCCGGCGGGGGGAGGGGGGUCUGGAGGGGGGGGAGGGCGACACCGAGCCCAGCAUGCUGCUGCAGAAACUCAAGAGCAACAUCUCGAAGAACGUACAGACCAAAGUGGAUCAGAUCCUGCAAGAUGUUCAGCGAUUCUCCGACAACGACAAGCUCUACCUGUACCUGCAGCUGCCGUCAGGCCCCAGCUCCGGAGACAAGAGCAGCGGUGGCGACUCCAGUUCAUUCAACACAGCCGACCAGCUUCACACCUGCAACUGGAUCCGCAGCCACCUGGAGGAGCAUUCAGACACCUGCCUGCCCAAACAGGACGUCUACGAGACCUACAAGCGGUACUGUGAGAACCUGCAGCAUCGUCCUCUGAGUGCGGCCAACUUCGGGAAGAUCAUCAGAGACAUUUUCCCCAACAUCAAGGCUCGGCGGCUCGGCGGCAGGGGACAGUCCAAGUACUGCUACAGCGGCAUCAGGAGGAAGACGGUGCUCAACAUGCCUCUGCUGCCCAACCUGGACCUGAAGAACGACCCGUCGGAGCUGACGGAGCUCGUCCAGACGUACAAACAGGAAGUGACAGAGGCGGCGUGCGAGCUGAUCUGCGACUGGGCGCAGAAGAUCCUGAAGCGUUCCUUCGACACCGUGGUGGAGAUCGCUCGCUUCCUGGUGCAGGAGCACAUCGUGAACCCACGCUGCAGUCAGGCGGAGCUCGUCACCUCCGCUGCACUCGCAGGAGGUCCAGCCAAGCCCCACAAGGUCAUCAAGAAAACACCUGUCUCCUCUAAAGGAGGCGGAGCCGAGAGCGAAGGCAGUGCCACCGACUUAAAGAGAGAUAAAGAAGGUGGAGACUCCUCUUCUUCGGCCAAACUUCAGCCUGGAGACAAAUCAGGAUCAGCAGCCAAACCUUCCUCGCUCGACGCUCCUCCCCCUCCCUCCUCCUCUUCCUCUCUGCGCCCUGCGGUGGAGGCCUUCAUGAAGCACUUACCCAGAAUCCUCCCUCGGAGCUCCGUUCCCGACAAGACCCAGCUCUCUGUUCGCUCCUCCCCGCCGUCCCUGGCGCCCAAAGACACCUCGGUCGUCGGGGGGGCGUCUGGAGGCGGAGGCCCGACCGCCGCCGCCAGCGGUGGUGGGGUGAAGGUCAUCGCCAUGGCAACAUUACCCCAGCAACAGGGCGGGGCGGUUCCGGUGAUGAUUCUGCCCCAGGGCUGUCUGUCGUAUGCCGAGAGGGAAAAGGUUGCCCCGCCCCCACCGCCUCAACCUCCUGCUCCUCCUGCACAGCAGCAGCAACACGCGCCGGUCACCGUUGCCCCGGCGGCGCCCACCUCUGUGGUCCAGAGGGCGCGAGGGAACGCCAACAAGCGCCCCCUGGAGUCAGUGGCGUCGGGCGCGGGCGGCGGCACGGCCGGGGUUUCCACCAGUUCUGUCACCAGCGCUCCUCCGGUGAAACGGAAACGCGGCCGACCGAGAAAACCUCGGCCGGAGGACGCCCUUCCCCCUCCGCCUCCUCCUCCUCCACCACCUCCCCCUGCUGCUCUUCCUCCACAGCCUCCUGCUCCUCCUGCGUCCUCCUCCCACCCUCCUAUCAUCACCUCCCUCACUGGCGGAGUCAUCCAGAAAGCCUCGUCCUCCUCCUCCCAGCAGGUGGUGGAGCUGGUCUUCCAGGACCAGCAGGGUUUGGUUCUGACGGGCCAGCUGCCGGCCGUGUCGGACCCGGGCCACCCGCUGACCGUGGAGCACCGCGGGGUGGUGGUGCAGUGCCAGGCGGGUCAGGCUGCCGAGCCGGACCGCCACGCCAGGCCCCUGCUGCUGCUGCAGAGCACGCCCACGCCCAGCUGGGACCUGGCAGGCUCAGGUCGCACCGCCAUGGUGGAGGUCAUCCAGAGGGCGCCGAGACCCGGAAACAACAACAAUAGCGGCGUAGCCACUGCUGCUCCACCUGCAGCGCACCAUCCUCUUCCUCCUCCUCCUCCUCCUCCUCCCGCUCUUCCUCCUCCUGCUCUUCCUCCCCCUAAGCACCAUGAGGAUCGUGGGGAGGUGGAGAUAACGCUGACGCCGGUGGAGCCGCAUGCCACUCUGCACAUCAGCACCCCACCUUCCUCCUCGUCUUCCUCCUCCUCCUCGUCUGCCGGCUCCUCUGUGUCCACAGCGGUGCAAGUUGAGGUUAAGGUUGAGGAAGAGGAGCCAGCGAAGAGUAGCAGCACCUCCUCUAAGAGAGAAGGACACUAGCCCCGGUCCUCCUCCUCUCCUUCUCUCCUCGUCAUUCAUUUUCAUAUUUUUCUGCUCCCCUUGCUCCCGUCUGUCUGACAUUAAACUCCCAUCCUGCCCUUCUUCGUCGUCACCUACAAGCUUUUAACAAGCUCUUACCUCACCUGACAGCCUCUCUCUCUCUAACUCUCAUCCGUUGGUGGAAAUCCCAGGUCGGCUGCCGCAGGCGGCCGAUCGAGGAGGAUAAAUGAAGCCAAAACCACUAGUAACUAACCUUCCAUCGGCUCCCCUUGCACUUGUAAAGACACUGCCGGGAGCAAACCUCCAGGCAGGUGGCAACCAUUUUGCUGUGAUUCUUUAAACUGCAUGUUUGUCUGUGUUUUGACUGUGGGUGGAAACGAGAAUAAUGACUCUGGACUCCUGAGGUGGCCGGGCCUGAGGGAAUACUCUGCUUCCUCCGCUGCCUUCUGCCUCCCUUCCUCACUUCCCUCCAGCCUCACUUCCCUCCUCUCUUGAUUUCUGAAGCGCUGGGGAGUAAAGGUCGGUCAGAGCAGGAUAUAUGAUGCCCUGCCUUUUUCUGACCAUCAGUGAUUUUGCAGAGCAGAAUGCAGAUAGAAGAAAGGAACGGGAGGGGAAAGUGAAAGGGAAAAGGAUGGAAGGAAGACAUGUGGAAGCAGGACUGGCAGGAGGGAAGGAGGCGCGUGUUUAGUAUUGAGUCAGGCCCCGGACCGAGUUCAGCCUGAAGUCGCUAGAGAGAAGAUAUUACGGGUCAGAGCCUUGUAAAGGUUCUUUUGUGCUAAAAAAAAUUAAAAAAAAAAAAAACCUCUUCUGCAGAGCUGGGCCUCGAUUCACCUUCAAUUCAAACGGAGGAUUCUCAGUCAAAUAAUACUUCAAAAAAGAAAGAGAGUUUGAGGAUGUUUAAUUUUAUACGACUUUUAAGUGGAGCGGCUGAGAGCGAACGUGGUGUCACGGCAGGCUUGGAGAGUCUGGAAAUGUACAGCAAAAGCUUUUUUUUCUACAAGCCUUUAAUUGAACAAGGAGGUCUGGAAAAGUAUGGAAAGGUUGCAGCGACGUGGAAAAAAAAAAGAUUCAGUCAAGAGAAUGAAUUGGACUUUUGUAUUGAAUGGGAAUCGAAGCGCAGCCCUGCUCUCUUCAAAGAGCUCUUCUGUUCUACACAGCUUUGGUUUGUUGUGUUUUUAUUGGUUUUAGUCUGUAGAUAGAUAGGCGUGUAUGCGUGUGUGUCUGUGUAUGUGUGUGUGUGUGUGUGUGUGUGUGUGUGUGUGUGUGUUCGAACGGCUUCCCAGAAACGUGGCAGCAGACAGGGGUGGCUGUUCUCCCCAAGGCACUUCUAAUUACAAAUUGCCCAAAAGUACUACAUUAAGUGUUGCGUGAGUUUAAAAAAAAACAAACAAAAAAAACAGAAAUUAAUUUAUUUAUUGAGCUACUUUUUUUUUCCUAGGAAGAGUUUUGGCCAAUCGGAGUUUUUAUCGGACGACAAAACAAAAUGUUCAGAUCUGCUCGCCAAGGAUGAAAUCGCCUCGCGUGGUUCCUUCGUCAGAGCUCACCGAGGAGGUGGGAGUCGUCUUUUUGAUUUUCUGUAAUAUUGUUCAAAAUCUCAAAGAAACACCAGCUGAUCGACAACACAGCUGACUUUUACAGUGUGUGUGCGUGUUUGUGUUUUAAAGGUGCAUUCCCCCUUAUUCUGCCCGGCGACAGCGGCCGGGCCUGCCAGUGUUUUUUAGACGUGCGAUGUUGAAUGUUUUGUUUUUUCUCCUUUUACCCCGACAUGCUCUCAAAGUGAGAGAGACGCCAUCUUGUGAUACUGACAUUAGCACUUACUGAUCCCUGGUUGAGGUAACUCUGCGUUCACGCCGCCGGCAGCUGCGUCAUCGUGCCGCCGUCUCGCCGCCGUUAGCGCGUGAUUCGCUGCCUGUUGGUGGUGUCAUCAGCACGGGGUUUCAGGUAACACACCUGCACAGCGGCAGCUCGGUUUCAGAGGCUGCGAUUCCAUCCGUGCAGUGUUUAAAUUUCAGAACUUGUUUUGUUUUUUCAAAUUCAGUUUGACUUUGCAAACCACGAUUCAAGUCAACAAUUCAAUGUAUUUUUAAGCAACGUUUUUUUCAUAAUCAUGACUGAAUUGAUCCAGAGUUUUUCAUAUUGUUUAGGCCAAGGUCAGAGCCGUUCAUUCUAUUUCUUUAUUUCAGCAGAUUGAUGCUGCUAAAUCGGCAGAAUUUGCAAUUGCCGGUUGCUUUUGUUUUGCCUGUCAUGGCGCUGCAUUGUUCUGAGAGAGCACCGAUUAGGGAACAUCUGUUUGAAGAUGGAUGCAGCCAUUUUUCAAGCCUCGGUUUUUCAGUCAUUUGCUCUCGUCGUGUCUCAAACAGAAGCUGUAGAAAACUGUGCGUAUUGCAUUUUUGUAAGUGAAACCAGAUCGUCGCUCAGCCCUACAGGAGAUGAACGAACGGACGACGGCUUCUUGAUUUGUCGCUCGCCGAUGGUUCUCCGUUUGUCGGAGAUGAAACUGAGCGCGCGCUGCUGUCGCUGGCGGUGUGAACGCAAAGCAGAGGAAGGAGUGAUGAGGAACAGAGGCCAAAUCUAGAGACGGGAGAGAAAUGAGCGUCUUGGCUUUCGGUCUUUCCACCCGUCUCUCGGCAGAAAUCCUGACUCGCGCUGCACAGACUUGAGGCCAAAAACUGAACGUUCUCCAGAGCAGAAACGCUUUUGUAUCAGGAAGAUAAAACAUGCACUUUGUUCAGAUAUCUGAAAUGUUGGCGUACUGUUUCGCCCAAGCAAAGGGUUCAAAAGAAUUUAAAAUCAGUUUAAUUGUUUAUACUGUUUUCGAUUUUAAACCACAUAUAUGUGAACAGUUUGUUUUUGAGGAAGGGCAAAAAAUAAAAAUGGUGCGGUGGGUUUCUGUCCGGUUUCCAGGGGCCAAAACUCUUGAGAAGCUUAACCCUUUGAAACCCAGGAGCCCGCGGGUUUAACAUAAUUAUUAUUAUUUUUUUUAAAUCUUAGUGACAACCUUGUGCUUUUCCAGUUUUUGGUUGGUGAUUUGCUCAUUGCCUUUUCUUUCCCAUAUUUUUGAAAGAAAUCAAAUGACUUGGCUCAGGUUUCAAAGGGUUAAACGACCACCGACGUUUCAGUUGAAGCAAACAGACGACAGAAAUGUUGAAACCCCCGACAGCGCCGCCUGGAGAGACCGAGGGACAGACCUCAAAGUGUGUGAACAUACCGAGGUUUUCCUUCACUGUUGAAAAAAAAAAAAAAAAUGGCACCAGCUCAGGCACAAAAAAGUCAAAGCACAAACCGAUGAGCCAAGUAGCACUAAAAAGUAGAUUUAGCUUCAAAUGCCGCAGGAUAAGUAGAGCUUCUCAUAGACAGCUAGCUUCUGUAGCAGUGACAUUUACGCUAGACGAUUAGCCGGCUAACCAGCUUCGCGUGCGCCGUUGUGUGUUGCCAUGUCCUUUGCACUAACAGGCUCUUCCUGAUCACCAUUGUAACUGUCUGGAUCAGCAGUGUGACAUCACCUCACGGCGUCCGCGGUGAUAAACGACUGGCACGACCCUCCAGGAAGACAGACCUUCACCGCUUGUCAUCGUCGCUUCUUGUGUUUUCUCGGAAAAGGCUCCUUUUUUUUGCCACAGACUCGUUUUCCUUUUGAUUUUUCUUGGAAUUCCUGUCGAUGGACUUCCUUUCUUCUUGGGGCCGCUUCCUGCUCAAGCUCAGUUCUUCCUCUGUUUAUUCCAUAACGCAUCACUUCCUGUUCCUGUGCAGCAGGAAGGAGCUGCCAGACACCGAGGCUUUGGAACAGACAACGCAAGAUUGAAUUUGCACGUGAGCUGGCCGAAAAUGCUGCGGGUUAUUGCUUAAAAUCUUAGAACCGUUCGUGCAACCCCUAAAAUAACCUGAAGAAUCCUGCUGCAUUGACUUUAUCUUCCUUUUCAAAAGCUUGAGAGGAGAAUGAAUUAAGGCACAUAGACCCCGCCGUCUCUUUCGCCGUAGUGACUUAUUCACUGUAGUAUCAUGUAAAAAAACAAAACAAAACAAAUUUAAAGAGUAACUAAAGCCCAAACCCAAAUGUGGGUGAAGCCUGACCUCUACUGGUGGAGACUUCACACAGAUUUGGGUUUGGAAAAAAUCAAACAGAUUUCCAAAAAUAUUCUAUUUUUCUAUCAAAAUAUUAAAAAAUAUCAUUAUUAUUAUUAUUUGGCCUCCUGGAGGACAGUGUAUCUUUAGUGGAAAAUCAAUUGUGAACCAAACUCUCAUGGAUUAUUUCUGGCUCCGCCUCUCGGGCCUAAUACACACCACCCUUUCAUCCCAGUGGUUGACUUUAUCCAUGUGAAUCUGAAUUUGCUUGUGAACAAAGCAGUUUUUGAGCAGACUGUCGCUGCAUUAUGCCCCGCCCCAGCUUCCUGUUUCAGUCAGAAAGAGGUGAAAUCCCUGGAGCGGGACGCCGUUGAAAAGCCGCUUCCCCUGUCGUGACGUGAAACUCACCACUUCCCCAGACAGAAUGUCACAUUGCUGAUCUGCGUUUUAUCACCUCUGCCAAACCGCCUCUCGCUCCGCCUGAGGGCGUCUUCAUCGCUGGUGCUACAAACCGCAGGGCGCGACCGCCCUCGACAUUCUCCAUCGUGGAAUCGCUGAUUUGUACAAACACUCUUUGUCUACACUAGCAUAUCAAGGUGUUAUCACACUGACUGCAGCUGGGUUGUGCUGUGUGUGUGUGUGUGUGUGUGUGUGUGUGUGUGUGUGUGUGUGUGUGUGUGUGUGUCCUCGUUUCCCUCCGUCCUGUGACAAUGGGAGGUAAAGAUUGGCUAAAGGGACACCGUGACAUUUUGACUGUUACAGCAACGCUUGUUGCAUCAUGGGAAAGUGAGUUUUUAAGAAUUUCCCGUCUAGCUAAACGUAGAAAAACAGCUCGUUAGUGUUGCUGGCGUUCCUCAAUGAAGUGCGAUGGUUUCCCCUGUUUCACUUCCUGUUCUCCUGCUAGUAGUCAGAUCAGGUUCAUCAUCCCUGAGGCGGCCGUGGACGCUCACCUGCCGCUCAGUCUCAGAGCCAAAGGUAAUAUUUGAUUUAGCUCCUAAAAACAUCACUAAUUUUAACACAUGUACCAAUGCUGCGUUUGAGACAUCCUGGGAACUGUCAGAGGUCCCAGCUGCCGUUAGGAAAAGUGCCCCCAACACCCCCUCCCCCAACAGGACGUCCCGCUGGGGCUCUCAGCAAAAUGACAUCAAAGCAAGUUCCUGCUACGACAAAAACCUUCUGUCAGGUGAAACCUGUCAACAAACAAACUCUAAUAUUUUAUUUGUUUACUGCAUUCUGCCAUUUCUUUUUGUGCACCAGCGACUUUUUGUAUCUGACAGAAAAAUAUGUAAUGAUGCUUUUGGGAUAUGGCAAGAAAUGAACGUGCUAAAAAUGGAGCUGUGGAACGCACCCUGGUGCAAACUGGGAGUGCAAACUGGGCACUUCCCAGCUCCCAGGACGUCUCAAACACAGGGGUAUAUGUGGACGUAAAGCCGGGUAUCCUCGGCCUCAAACAUAUUGGAAAACACCAAAAACAAAACAAAACAAAACAAAACUUGGUUUAAAGUUUCCCCGUUCCUUUAAAGCAGAGCAGACCUCUGGUUGUGUAGUUCCCUUUGCUGGUGUUGCUCUCUUUGCCAAAAGUGUUAUUUUAUUUUAAGUGCUAGUUUUACCUGAUUCUAAUUUGAGAGUAGUAUAAAGUCACAUAUUCCUAGGAAAAAAGGUCACAAAAAUGCCAAUUGUGUGGUCAGCCCAGUAAAACUAAUAUCAGACUGAGAGUGAUUCUGCUUUCAGAAGCUGAUGUUGAUAGCCUGCCAGUUUAUCAGCGGCUGUGUUGAGGAAUGCUAGCAAUGCUAACGAGUCGUUGUCCAGUGAACUGAAGUGCCAAUACAGAAAAACAAAGUUUAAGAAAAUGUCUCGGUGUGGCUUUAGCGCUCCCAGCCUCAGCCCUUUUUAAACUGAAGUGAAACAAAUGAAAAGUUGCACUGCUGAAAAGCUGAAAAAGAGAAAGACGUCGUCGGCGUAUGUGAUGGACUUCUGUUAUAUGCAUUGAGAAAAUACAACUACAAGUAUUUAUGAUUGAUGUAUCGUUAUGCUUUCUGCUUGCACUCAUCUAGGGGCCAACUGAAUGGUGUUGGCUUUAUUUUUUAUUGCUAGAAUAAGGUCAAAAAUAAUCCUACUUUAAAUUGUACAACGGAGAGUUUAGCAGUAUGGAAUAAGAGGGAAUCAGAGUCUAUUAUAUAACUGUGGCAGUAAGUGGAAGGCUUUGGAGAGAAGACAGAAGGAGCAUUUCAAAGCAACCUUUCACUUUUGUAAAAUUAAUUGUUAACAGCACGGGGUGUGGGGGGGUUCUGUUUUUUUUCUUUAUGGUCUUUACAAUUUGACACAGGAUACAUGCUGCACAUUAUGAUUUAGAAAAAAAUGACGUCUAACUGUGCAGAAUUAUGUUUGCCUCUGUGCCAAAAAUCCUCUUAGUGGAGGAAUUGUCCUGCUAGAUUUUGAACAGUUAAAACGUGCCAGUACAGAAGUCCUGUAAUCUAAUUUUGGAUGGAGAGCUUGUAAAACUGUCUCCUUUGUAAUUCCUACAGCAGAAGAAAAAUAUUCAUUUUUCUGCACAAAGCGACAGCCUCGUAUGGCGAUGUAUUGAAUUUGAACACAUCGUCCUGUCCUAGUUGAGUUUUAGAAGAGGCGACGGGCCGCUCGACUGCGUCAGACCUCCUGAAAACACACGAGAACUGACUGUUAAAUUUGUAAAAUAAAAGUGAAAAGUUGCUUUUGCUUAAUGUUAAAAAAAAAAACAAAAAGCAAAAUGUGAGUGAGCCCAGAGUUGUGAACCCACUGCAGGGCCGCGUUACGAUUGGAAAGUUUGCAAAAAAUUAGAAUCAAGGUUGUAGAAAUUCACCGCUGUUGAUCAAUGUGGAGAUCGAAAGGGAGUCAGGUUCAUGAUCGGAGGGUUGGGAGCAACCCAACAAAGCUCCGACUAGCCUGGUCUGACCCAGUUUGGCCUGGUUUGGCCCAGUUUGGUCCGGUCUGGUCCGGUCCAGCCCAGUUUGGCCCGGUCUGGCCCAGUUUGGUCCGGUCUGGUCAGGUCCAGCCCAGUUUGGUCCGGUCUGGCCCAGUUUGGCCCGGUGUGGCCCAGUUUGGUCCGGUCUGGUCAGGUCCAGCCCAGUUUGGCCCGGUCUGGCCCAGUUUGGCCUGGUGUGGCCCUGCAGUGGGACGCGAGGUGUUUGAGUGUGUUGUAGGAAGUGGGAAUCUUUCACUGUGGAGCCGUGUUGCUCAAAAAAAAAAAAAAAAGAAAGAAAAGAAAACAGAAACGGGUCAGAUAAUCAAAGAUUUAAGGAUCGGGAUUCGGGUAGCGGUGCCUUGACCUCGAAGGGCUGGACUCAGUGUUGUGACACGGUGUCCUGUGAUGUCACUUCCUGUGUAAGACUGUGCAGAUCUGUCCGUGGUGAGUAAAGUCGCUGUGUGUAUCACUGUAAACAUCAGGAAACCUGGGAGAGCCUCCCUCUGCUGCUAGUGCUCGUGUUUCUCCACAUUAACAACUACAUUUCCCAUCAGCCCCGUUGCUUCCAGGAAGAGCAGCGCCCUCUUCCUCUCAAACUGUGGAAAAAUAUUCACUGCAACUGCACUAAUAUCUGUAAUAACACAAUUUAAUUUGCGGAUGACGUGUUGAUGUUGACAUGAUACACAAAGCAGAUCUGAGUGCGGCUUCAUUCACUUUCAGUUCAGCCAGAUGAGCACAUUGAUGCUGAAAACAGAUGUUUUUUUCACCAGUCACAAAAACAAACAAAAAAAGGGACGAGAGGGUUUUUAGAAGCCGCGCUGCAACAAACUUCCUGAGGGACAAAGCAGAGGAAGAUGAUUUUGUCAGUCACACUGAAGCAGGAAGCGUCUGAGUGAGCUGAAAGUGAAGAGGAGGCGCUCGUGUCUGAGUCUGAUGGUCGAACACUGCAGAUGAUGAUGAUGAUGAUGAUGAUGAUGAUGAUGAUGAUGGUGGUGCUGGUGGCUUACCCUGCUGUGAUAUUAGUCGUGUCAGCCAGCCGCGGACCCACUCAGUGUCUCCUGUCCACCAUUUGCCAAAGCAUUUUUAUUUUCAGUUUUCCUCUAAUAAUUGCUCAGAUAAUUCAGUUUCCAGUGCAGGUAUCACUUCACCUUUUGUUUUUCUUGUUUGUAAAAACGUGGGAGACCGCAGACCCCCUGCACUGGCAGAUCGUCUCUCGUUAGUAUUCCUCGAGCCCAAAGCACACGGCUAAUUAAAAUGCUCUGGUUGGUUUGUCGUGCACUGUUCACCUUCAUGUUGGUGAUCAGGUGUCACUCACCUGUGGACAGGAAGUGUGUUUACACCUGGCGGCUCUCAGCUUCAAAUAGAAAUCAAAGUGAGAUCAAACUCAAGUAGAGAGAUCUACCAACACUUUCCCAAAAGAUGCACAGUCGUGCAGACGUGGCGUGAGCAAACUCCCCAGAAUGCAUCGUGUUGUGUUGUGGAAACGAGUACGAAAGAAAGAAAGAAACUAUUUUCUCCAAAAAGAUCGUUAUUGACGUUUAUCCACCAUUUUUACAGAAUCUUAAGCUCGUAUGAGAAUGUUAAAUUGAGCUAGUUACCGCUUUCUGCCACCGGGGGGCGACAAAGUAAAAUUACAGUUACACAGUUUGUUUUUAUUUUGUUUGUUUGUUUUUUUUUUUCAAACUCCAUUUUGUUUCUGAUUGGAGAUUUGAACGCCAGGUGUAAAUAAAUGAGGACCUGAGUGGGAACCCGGUGCAGAGCCCUGCACCGCCAUUUUGGCUCAAGCCCAUGCAAAUAAGAGAAAGAGAGUUGUUCUGUUGUUGUGUUUUACUAAAUCUCUAAGAUGCUUCUUGUUAAUUUAUCACGAUGUGUUUUGUUUUGUUUUGUUUUGUUGAUGUCUGUCUUUGCUGGUUUCCUGUACAGCUUGUUGACGUGCAGUUUUUUUCAUUAUUAUUAAUAUUAUUGUUAUUAUUAUUCUUGUUGUUCUGAAGCUUUUUUCUGGAUAUCUUUGCUUCGGGAGACGGUGCCGGCUUCCUGCAUGUUUUUUUUUUUUUUUUUUUAAAUCCUCUCUAAUGAAAACGUCGCUCCUCGACUGCAGAGGAGCGUCAGACCACAUGUCCUGUUCUGUUUUGUUGUUUUGUUUUGUUUUUUGUUUUUGGAAAAGGUUUGCAGUUUUUUUAAUGUUUCUGUUUUGUUUUGUUUUGUUUGUUUGAAGCGUUUUGGCCUGAAAUCCGCUGGCUUUUGUUUUGCACUUUAUUCUCGGUACGAUAACAGACAUCUCCGUCGGACGGAGAGCGGCGCCGGCGGAAACACCAGUCCACUGCUGGAGGAGCGACAGGGACUGGUGCAUCAUGGGAUGUUGGCGGAUAAAAGCGUUGCUACAGUGGAGCCUGCCCGUUGGUUUUCAUAACCACCAUAAUCAGUGAAAUGCACCUUUUUUUUCUGUGUCGGCCCUUUCUGUUUUUCUAGCGGCUGUUUGUUUUGUGUUUCUGAGCGUCGGUGUCGGUUUGUGAAGUUUUAAUGUUCCGGUUCGUUCUGACAGAAAAAGAAACGACAGCAGCAACAGUCUCAAUCUAUUUUCCUAUCGGACUGAAAAUAAAUGUUGAAUUCACUGGCA